CCAUCAAGACACUGCCCAUGCGGCUUCUGAUCACAAUACCAGAUAACGAAUUCACACACACAAACACACACUGUUACUCUGUGUUUUUCAUAGAUCCAAUCCCAAUCCAAUCAAAUUAGAUCUCUCUUUCUUGUUCUUAUUAUCAACCCACAUAUACUUACACCAUCUAUAUCUAUCUAUCUAUCUUUCACGUCACGUAUGCAUUAAAUUAUAUCAUAUUUUCCGAUCACUAAGUUAAAGUGUUAUUUGGGGUUCAUUUAUGGUCUAAUUGAACUGAGGUUUCUUUGAUUUUCAAUAAAAAUGCUUAAUUUUGAGUUUCUUGAUUAGAAUUCAAAUUGAAUUGAAUUGGGGAUGAAGAUUGAAGCCAAGAAAUUGAAGAUAGUUGGAUAAAGCAACAAUCUUUAGCCUUUUUCUGCAAAAGGGAAAGAUGGCAACACCAGUUGAACCGCCAAAUGGGAUUAAAUCAGAAGGGAAACAUUACUUUUCAAUGUGGAAGGCAUUGUUUGAAAUAGAUACUAAAUAUGUGCCCAUCAAGCCUAUUGGUAGAGGUGCGUAUGGGAUAGUUUGUUCUUCUGUUAACCGUGAAACGAAUGAGAAAGUAGCAAUUAAAAAAAUACACAAUGCUUUUGAUAAUCGAAUUGAUGCCUUGAGAACUUUGCGUGAACUUAAGCUUCUUCGCUAUCUUAGACAUGACAAUGUUAUUCGUUUGAAAGAUGUGAUGGUGCCGAUUCACAGAAGAAGUUUUAAAGAUGUUUAUUUGGUUUAUGAACUUAUGGAUACUGAUUUGCAUCAGAUUAUUAAGUCGUCUCAAGCUCUUAGUAAUGACCACUGCCAAUAUUUUCUCUUCCAGUUGUUGCGAGGCUUGAAGUAUUUGCACUCGGUAAACAUCCUUCAUCGUGAUUUGAAACCUGGGAAUCUACUCAUCAACGCAAACUGUGACCUAAAAAUAUGUGAUUUUGGACUAGCUCGUACAAAUAAUGGUAAAGAUCAGUUCAUGACAGAGUAUGUGGUGACCCGUUGGUAUAGGGCCCCAGAACUACUCCUCUGUUGUGACAACUAUAAUACCUCAAUUGACGUUUGGUCUGUCGGGUGCAUCUUUGCUGAACUUCUUGGUAGAAAACCUCUCUUCCCAGGGACCGAAUGCCUCAACCAACUGAAACUGAUAGUCAACAUACUUGGGAGUCAAAGAGAAGAAAAUAUAGAAUUUAUCGAUAACCCAAAAGCAAGAAACUACAUAAAGUCACUUCCUUAUUCACCCGGUACUUCAUUUACUCGCCUCUAUCCUCAUGCUCAUCCAUUAGCCAUUGAUCUGUUGCAAAAGAUGCUGGUUUUUGAUCCUUCAAAGAGAAUUAGUGUGGUUGAAGCGCUUCGCCAUCCUUAUAUGUCUCAACUUUAUGACCCGAAUACAGAUCCUCCGGUUCAAGUACCUGUGGAUCUUGAUAUAGAUGAAGAUUGGGGUGAGGAAAUGAUAAGAGAGAUGAUGUGGAAGGAGAUGGUUCAUUAUCACCCUGAAGCUGUUGCUGCCGCUGCUAAUUCAGAUAUGAUGUUGUAACUUGUUUUCUGUCUAAUAAGUAAAGCAUAUAUAAUGCAUGACUAGUUUGUGCUGUUAAAUGCAUUAUAACACUGCAAAACAAUAUGAACUACUUUUCUGUAUAUAGGUGUGUUUGAUUUUCCA